UAAUUAGUAUAAUUCUUACAAAGUCUAAACAAUGGCUUGAGGACAAAAAACGAACAAAUUAGCACAUCUUAAGCUCCUUUUACGUAUCAUGAGAUUAUGACCCUUUAACAACAUUGUAACCUAUAUCCAGUACUGUGUGAAUCUCUUGACAAAAAACAAAACUUAUGGAUGAUCAACAUACAUAUAUAAUGACCUUUAAGAUCGUAAAAUCCUGGCAUGAUCAGAGUUGAAGCAUCCAAACCCACUAGAGAAGAGUCGUAUUUAGAAAAAUAAUUUAUUCAAAUCUCGUGUAUUCAGACACUUUUAAGCUUGCUACCAACAAGAAAUAUGGAUGACAGGAUUAGUAGUAUGCCUGAUGAGAUCAUUUUCCACAUCAUUUGUUCACUUCCUUUUGAGUCUGCAAUACAAACAAUUUUCCUUUCAAAGAGAUGGAGAUUUCUAUGGGAUACAUCUCUGGUGCAACAUGGCACGGAAGAGGAUGUGGCUAGUGCAAUCUGUAGUUUUCUUGAAAAUUUUAAUGAGCGAGAUCCAUUAACAAAUACCAGGAAAUUUCGGUUCCAUUUUGUCCAUGGCAAUGUGCUUUUAGCUAUCAUUGCACCUAACAAUAAACUCUUUCUUGAUUUCUCUGACGAGAAACAAGAAUUUCACAGGCAGUUUAAGUUGCAAUUAGAGUUCAAUAAUCCCCAAAACCUUGUCAGCCAGCCAUCUCCCUCUACUUUCUUUGUCAAAAAUCUUCAUUUAACAUCAGUUAGCUUUCUUACAAGUGAAGCAGUUUCUUCCAUACUAACGAAAUUUCAGUUUCUUGAAACCUUGAAAAUCACUUGCUGCAACUGUUUACAGUCUUUAAGUAUAGGUUCUGACACAAAGCUUUUAAGCUUGACAAUCUUCGAUUGUCUACCGUUAGAGUUUCUCCAUAUCAGAUCCUUUAAACUUCGAACUUUCCGAUAUCGUGGAUCACUACCUUCCUUUUUGCCUGAAUAUCACUAUAACUUGGUUGAUGCUUUUCUUGAUUUCAGACAAGGUCCUAGAACUUGUAGCAUCAUGACUAAUCAUGAUCUUGACUUGGUUCUUUUAACUAUAAAGAAUGUAAAAAUACUGACUCUAUGCAAAUGGACAUUUGAGGCAUUGAUCUGCCCUGUGCUGUCUACAUUUCUUGCAGAAUUUCAGUUCUAUAAUCUAAAAGAGCUGUGGUGGAUUGAUAAUUCAGAUCAAGAAUAUGAUUGUGAUGCCUUAAUCUCUUUCCUAAAACUAUGUCCCUCACUGGAGCAACUCUUUGUCACAAUUGAUCCCAAAAGCUACUAUAUGGAAAGGACUGCAACUUGUUCAAUACAAGCUGGUAGGAAUACAAAAUUGAAACACCUUAAAAUGGUUAAAUUGGAUAGGUUUUCAAAUGAGGCAGAUGAGAUACACUUGGCUAAAUGUCUACAACAGAUCAUCACUAGUGAGCCACUAAUCUUUGCAUCAAGUAAUGGAAGUUGCAUGAGAAGACUGAUUCAUGACCCUCUGCACCAACUAAAGCAGAAGGGUAUAGGCAGCUUGGAAGUGGCAGCUGGAGCACCGGGGCAUGAAACGAAGUUUUCUUACACAUCUGUCGAAGUAAGAGAUAUGAAUCAAUUGUGCCCUAAGCAUGUUCAUAUGGACCUGUAAAAGUAGACCCCGCACACACAUCUGUAUUGAUGAAAAUUAAACAAAAGAAAAGAAAAACAUUGGACAUAUACUUAUCAUUCAAAAGAAAAUAAUAGAAUUAUUUACUCAUUAUAUGAAUAAUAAUGUAUGACUGAUUAAAUAAUUAUUUUUAAUGAGAAAUAUGUCAUUACUUGGGUCACUUCUA